AAACGUUCAUCAGAAAAAAGUAUUAAAAAUAAAUAAAAUAAAAAUAUUGAACCAUGUUAAAUUGGUUUGAUAAACAUCUGUUAAUUAACAUUCCACUCCUCCAUCACCCCAAAAUACAAAACACUAAGAAACUCUGCCAUGGCUGUAAUCUUGAAAAAUCAUUACUUAUUAAUCACUUUAUUGUUCUUCCAUUUUUUCUCUCCAUGGCAUCACAUAAAUGGAAUCAAAUCACCAUUUAAUCCCAAGGAUAUUCUUCCAUUAUUACCAAGACAAGUUUCUUGGCCUAUACUAAAUUCCCUUCAUAGUGCUGUGGACCUUUUGCCUGCUUUUGUUGGGGCUGCUUCAACUCAAGGGAAUAAUACUUUAGAGUGGAAAGGUGCUUGCUUUUACAAGAAUAUUGCUUGGUUGGAGCUGCAUAAUAAAUCUCAAACUCAAUUUGGUGGUGGUACUCUUCAUAUCAAGGUGAGUAAUGCACACAGUUGGACAUGUAUGGACCUUUACAUCUUUGCCACCCCAUAUCGUGUAACGUGGGAUUACUACUUUUUGUCUCGUGAACAUACUCUUGAAAUCAAAGAGUGGAAGUCUGAAGCUGAGUUAGAAUAUGUAAAACAUGGUGGGAUCUCCAUUUUCCUAUUGCAAGCGGGAAUGUUAGGUACUCUUUCAGCACUAUGGGAUGUUCUCCCCUUGUUCGUCAAUAAUGGAUGGGGUGAGAAGUCAAAUAUUCGUUUUCUCGAGAAACGUAUGGGUGCUUCAUUUGAAGAACGUCCAAAGCCGUGGGUGACAAACCUUACUUCCGAUGACAUUCAUUCUGGAGAUUUUCUUGCAAUAUCAAAAAUUAAAGGUACCUGGGGUGGUUUUGAGACUUUAGAGAAAUGGGCAACGGGAUCUUAUGCUGGCCAUACUGCUGUUUGCUUGAGAGACGCCGAAGGAAAACUAUGGGUUGCCGAAUCUGGACAUAAUAAUGACAAGGGAGAAGAUGUGAUUGUUAUAUUACCAUGGGAUGAAUGGUGGGAGUUUGAGCUGACUGAAGAUAAUACGAAUCCACAUAUUGCAUUGCUCCCGUUGCACCCUGACCUCCGAGCAAAGUUUAAUGAGACUGCAGCUUGGGAAUAUGCACGAAGCAUGGAAGGAAAAUCUUAUGGUUACCACAACUUAAUAUUUAGCUGGAUAGACACAAUUGAUGGAAAUUACCCCCCACCCGUGGAUGCUCAUUUGGUGGCUUCGGUCAUGACUGUUUGGAACCAAAUACAGCCUGAAUAUGGUUCUAACUUGUGGAAUGAAGCCUUAAACAAACGACUCGGAACUCAGAACCUUAGUCUUCCCGAUAUACUUGUUGAAGUUGAAAAGCGUAGAUCCUCUUUUGCCAAAUUGUUGGCUGUUCCGGAGCAGGAUGACUGGGUUUAUAGUGAUGGCAAGUCAGCAUCAUGUGUUGCGUAUAUUCUUGAAAUGUAUAAAGAAGGAGGACUAUUUGGUGAACUUGCAAGGUCAAUUCAGGUUACAGAGUUCACGAUAAAAGAUGCUUAUACUCUCAACUUUUUCGAAAACAAUUCAAGCCGGUUGCCAAAGUGGUGCAAUGACGGUGACACGGUGAAGCUUCCUUUCUGUCAAAUUCGAGGAAAGUACCGUAUGGAGUUACCUGACUACAAUAGCAUGGAUCUUUACCCCCAUAUGAAUGAAAGAUGUCCAUCUAUGCCUCCGAAAUAUUACAGACCUCAAGGUUGUUGACAAGGUUUUCACAUCCUCCUCGUAAGUAUCAUAUAUCGACAUUCUUGAAGGCAUGACAGCUUAAGUUUUAAGACGAGAUGGUCACACACUUCAACAAGCAUACUGCAUAUAGUCAGUCGAUCAGUCAUCAGUUCUCGACGAGCUGUACUUAGUAUAGCUGGAUAAUUUCCCUCUUGUUAUUUAGUUUUAUACAGAACGAAUUCGGGAAAAUGAAUCCUGAAGAACUUGUACAUACAGAAAAAAGUUGGUAGUUGAAGUGAAUAUAAGAGAACUACACUCAACUUUCAUGGUA